CGAUAAAAAUUCACAUCCGUGUUUACACAGCAACACGUUUUAAUCGAUAUCUCGUGGACAUUCCGUAAUUAUCGGAUUCCUCCAAUCGCGGCCAAUUUAAUCAAAGUAUCGCUUUCUUUGGUAUCUUACUUUUGUAAAUAGUAUAGUUCGUAAUGUUAUUGGUCGUUGAUGGAUGAUAUCAUAUCGACGAUUAUCGCUGGUUUUAAUCGGAGCAAGUGGCAGCCAGUCGUACUUUAGAUGGAAGUGUAUUCAGUACGCUAAAAGAUAAACGAAAACUUAAUUAGAAAGUAAUUUCUAAUUUUAAAAAUAUAAAAUAUUCCAAGAAUUUGUUUUUAAUAAACAGUCAUGAUCGUGUUCAAUGUGUUGCUUGUUUUGUGUUCGAUUUAUUCCCUUGCAAAUGGAGUGGGUUUCCGCGGAUUUACUUUCCAAGGUUUGAAGGAGCCAGAGCCAUCAAAGACUUUUAAAGAAGAGGAUGUAGUCGAAGGUUGGAUCACUCAACCCCUCGAUCAUUUCAAUCAUCGUGACAAUCGCACCUGGUCGAUGCGUUACAACGAGAAUUCCGCGUUUCUAAAGAAAAAUGGCCCUAUUAUAAUUAUGAUCGGUGGAGAAUGGGAGAUAUCGACGGGAUUCUUGCAAGGCGGAUUAAUGUACGAAAUCGGAUCGCAACACGGUGCCUUGAUGUAUUAUACCGAGCAUCGGUUCUAUGGAAAAAGCAGACCGACAAAGGACGUCAGCACGGAGAAUCUGCAAUACCUGAAUGUUGAUCAGGCGCUCGCCGAUCUCGCUUAUUUUAUAGAAACGAAGAAAAAGGAGAAGAAUUUAGAAAAAAGUCCCGUGAUAGUGUUCGGUGGUUCUUAUGCUGGAAACAUGGCAGCAUGGGCACGACUUAAAUAUCCUCAUCUCAUCCAGGGCGCUCUAGCUAGCAGUGCUCCGGUUCUUGCAAAAGCUGACUUCUACGAAUACUAUGAGGUUGUGACGAGAUCACUCGGCAGACACAGUGAAAAAUGCGUAGAUGAUGUAAAAACAGCAUUUACGUCGGUAGAAGAAUUGUUGGCUACGCCAGAUGGUGCCGACAAGCUUAAGCUUUACUUCAACUUGUGCGAGAAACCUGACGUAAAGUCUUCUAACGAUCUCGGUUAUCUCAUGAAUACAUUAGCAGAGAUAUUUGCCGCAAUUGUUCAAUACGAUACAGUUGAAAACGGCCAGACAAAAAUCGGUGCGUUGUGCUCGAUAAUGACUGCGGAUCAUUUAGGCAGUCCCCUGCAGAGACUUGCACUUCUCACCUCAAGUCGAAACGAAUGUUUCGCUACAAAUUAUAAUAAUUUCGUAAAGAGAUACAGAGAAGUUUCAUGGGAUUCACCGGGAGCUGCAGAUAUAAUGAGGCAAUGGAUCCACCAAACCUGCUCGGAAUACGGUUACUACCAGACUACGAAUUCGGAUGGAUCAAUCUUUGGUACAUUGUUCCCGUUGGAUUACUUCAUCAACAUGUGCGUCGAUCUGUACGGCGAUUACAACGAUGAGAAACUGUUGGACUCACGCGUCAAAAGGACAAAUAUAAUGUACGGGGGACGAUUGCCGGACUUAAGAAAUGUCAUUUUCACGAAUGGCGAUAUCGAUCCGUGGCAUGCGUUAUCGGUGCUCGAGAAUCUAAAUACUUUUUCGCCCGCUAUCGUCAUCAAAGGAUCCUCGCACUGUCGUGAUCUUUAUAGCGAUGCACCCACGGAUGUGGAGGAUUUGAAGAAAGCCAGAGCGAAGAUUCGCGCUAUAAUUGGCAAAUGGCUGUCCUCGUGGAAAUUCGCCGAAUUUAACACGAUAGGGAAUGAAUAAUAAAACGAGAUUUCUCCUCGCGUUAAUUAUAAUGUGUUAACAAAAGUUAUGUACAACACUCGAUAUAUGUGUAUUUGUGCAGUUCUAAAUAUAAUCGAUAUAUUAUCUACAUGAUACAAAAUAAAGGUAAAAUUACACAC